GUCCCGGCUCGGAAUGAUGUUCGGUGUACACGCACAGGGCGUGCAGCCUUACCAGUCAUCGCAGGUUGCUGUGGAGUUGCUUGCCUGAUCCGUCGCUAGCCGCUACAGAUCGGGAAGGAAAUCAUGCACGUUUGUGGCUUUACACAUGCAUGAUCUACUCGCAGGGCGUGAUAAGCCGGGCCCUGGUAGAAAAGCACAUGACUGACAUCCAGGGAUAAAAGGAUUUAUCCCCCUGGUAAAUACCAACUUCAUGUCACGGACUUGAUACGAAAAGUGGAGGAUAGAACAGACAAAGGAAUUCAAGAGCUAGGACUGAGUAUCACGCCAUGGCACCACCUUCGGCUAUCGAAGUUUCAGCAGUCUCAGAUACCUCUGGAGUCACGAUCCCGAACCCAUUGACCGCGUCGGUGGAGAGCAAUGAAAUCCAUGGAAGGAGGAUCAAAGUGAAUAAAGGACAAUGGGGUGUUGCAGCACCAUCGAAUACCGCCAACUUCAGGUUGAAGUCUCAUGACCACAAGCCAAAAGCCAGGCGAUGGGAUCACAUCAUCAGCCAUGAAGCUCAAAUCCGAAAGGGCAACUCGCUGAAAGAUGCUGCAAAGUAUCUUAGCAAACCAGGCAUCAUAUCUCUCGGCGGUGGCCUGCCAUCGAGUGAAUACUUUCCGUUCGAAGAGUUGUCUAUCAAGGUUCCCGCUGUUGGACACUUUUCGGAGACUGAAACCAGGGAAUCAGGCGUGGUUCUCACGGCAGGUAAACACGAUCUCGCUCAGGAGAAGUCAACUUUCGACAUUGCAACAGCAUUCAACUAUGGCCAGGGCUCUGGAUCAGCCCAACUUCUACGGUGGGUCACCGAGCACACCGAGAUGGUGCAUGACCCGCCAUAUCAGGACUGGCGAUGCACAAUGACCAUUGGAAGCACAUCUGCACUCGAUAUGGCCCUACGAAUGCUCUCAAGACCAGGCGACGUGAUGCUUUCAGAAGAGUACACAUUCUCUGCAGCAGUGGAAUGUGCACGACCCCUUGGAAUCCGCGUAUGUGGUAUCUCCGUCGACUCUGAGGGUUUGCUUCCCGACGAUAUGGACAAGAUUCUCUCAAACUGGGAUGUCAAUACUCGCGGUUCCCGCAAACCUCACCUCCUCUACACCGUCCCUACAGGUCAGAACCCCACGGGCGCAACACAAGGUACAGACCGUCGCCGAGCACUGUACAAAGUCUGCCAGAAACACGACAUCUACAUCAUCGAAGACGAACCAUACUACUUCCUCCAAAUGCAGCCCUACACCGGCCCCAAUGCGCCUGACGUGCCUCCCCCAGCCUCUCACUCGGCAUUUCUGAAAUCCCUUGUGCCGAGCCUACUCUCCAUGGACAUCGACGGCCGGGUCAUGCGCAUGGACUCCUUCUCCAAAGUCAUCGCGCCCGGGUCACGUAUCGGCUGGAUCACAGCGUCGCAGGAGAUUGUCGAAAAAUACCACAAGCACGCCGACGUGUCGACGCAGAACCCCUCAGGCAUGUCGCAGCUCAUUCUCUUCAAACUACUGGACGAACACUGGGGCCAUGCCGGCUAUCUCGAUUGGCUCAUCCACAUCCGUCUCGAGUAUACGAAGCGUCGAGAUGUCAUCCUGCAAGCCUGCGCUAAAUACCUGCCGCGAGAUGUCAUGUCGUGGAAGUCGCCCAUGGCGGGUAUGUUCCACUGGAUGCAGAUUGAUUUCAGGAAACAUCCUGCUUAUCCCGAGAAGAGCAUUGAGAUGAUAGAGGAGAGUAUCUUCUUGCGCGUUAUCGAUCAUGGCGCGCUGGUUAUGAGGGGUAGUUGGUUCUAUGCGGAUGCGGACGAGGAGCACCAUACACUAUUUUUCAGGGCGACGUAUGCGGCGGCUCCAGCGGAAAAGAUUGAGGAAGGGAUUAGGCGGUUGGGAGAGGCUGUGAGGGAGGAGUUUGGGUUGGGCAAGUUUGAACAUUGAAAGUGUGUGGGUUUCUGGGCGCUGGGCAUGUGUGGUGUUGGAGGUGUCAUGGUAAAAUUCGUGUACUGGUCUGCGAGGUUGGUCGAACGUCGAUCUGAGAAUUGGUCAAGCAUAUACGGAUGUAUCACAUUCGGGGACGUGUACAUAACUAUACAAAAUCUUCAGCAUCUCAAUGAAGCCGCCAAAUCUGUCUUGAUAUCGCCCAAAGCUUCUGAGUGUCUCCAUCUAUGCGCCUUGAAACGCCUCACACAUCUCUUCCUCGUUUGAUCCACACAUUUCUAUUCCAGUAUGAUGAUCCGUUGCUCUUCCAAUCUCCCCCCAGCCCCUCAGUUGAUGAAGUUGACACAGAAAAAGUGCAACAGUAACGAGCCAAACACGAAAUCCGCAAAUGCCCGCUCAUGC